AUUCGCCAGUACAAACAUGUUUCUGUCAAAGAAAUUGCCAAUAUUUUUCGCUCUAUCAUUAAUCUACUUUUCGACUAAUUGUGUUACUGAAGCAAGUCGAUCCGAAGAUAAGUUAAUAUCAGAUCUCCUCGAUAAGCUCAACCUUCUUGAACGACCUGUUGAAAAUUACCAUGACGUUUUAAACGUGUCAGUCGGGUUAACCUUAAUGUCCAUCAUCAACGUGGACAUCGACAAGGAAACGAUCGACCUAAACAUUUGGGAAAGUUUGGAAUGGAAUGACUACAAAUUACGAUGGAGCAGAGAAAACUAUGACAAUAUUUCUUCCUUGAGAAUUCCAUCGCAUCGUAUUUGGAGCCCGGAUAUUUACAUUAGUAACCACGGUCACGACAGUUUGGACCCCUUCUUCAAAACUUUAUCCGUCGUAAAUUACAAUGGAACGGUGUCCAGCAUUCUACCCGGAGAAACUACGACAACGUGCAAAAUGGAUUUGAAAAAGUACCCGUUUGAAAAAUUAGAGUGUGAGAUUAAGUUGUUGUCCUGGACGUAUGAUGGAUCUUUGCUCGAUUUGAUAAUCAAUGGGGAAGAGGGAGAUAUAUCCAGCUUUAGGCGUCACCCUGAAUGGGAAGUACACGGAUUUCAUGCUAGAAAGACUACACUCUCCUAUGCAUGUUGUCCAGAACCGUAUGUGGAUGUAGCGUUUACGCUAAUGAUACAACGACGAGGUGACCAAAUUUUGGCGUCUGCCAGAGUGAUGAACUCUGUAAUAUACGGGUUUCUCAUCCUCAGUAUGAUGCUUAUGCCGAAUUCUGGACUAAGGAUCUUAUUUGCUUUGCUUGCCAUGUUACUCAGCAGUUACUGCAGUUUGCAAUUUAAUCCUCGCUGCGGGAAAUAUGAGCCACCGGAAAUUGUCCUAUAUUACAAUAUCGUAUUCUUGAUAAGCUUCUUGGUUUUGAUAACAAAUGUGAUUGUUUACAACUUAUUCAAUAAAAUUGGUCAAACUCCAAGUUGGAUUACUAAAUCAUUGGCAAGGGUUCCUCCAUGGAUAUCCCCUGAUCGCGUGGAUGAUGAAAGUAAGAUGAACGAGUUAAUUGGAGAUCUUGGUAAUCGUGAAGGAGGAGUUGUAAAAAGAAUGAGUGAUUGGCAAUAUCUGUCAAUGUUGGUAGAUAAAGUGGUUUUUGCAUUGUGGGUGGUCAUUCUUGUCAUCUUCCACUUUAUCGCAUUUCCAACAUUUUAAUAUGUACACCAAAUAUGUAUGCUGUAUGACAAGUAAUAAAUACCUAUUUUGUUGUACAUAA